GGCCGAGGGGUACCGAGCCUCCCGGCUCGCUGCUCCCGCCGGCGGAACGAGGCUGCCCUUUCUCCGCAGCGUGAUUUAUUUUCCUCUUCUUUUCUUCUAAACUCUUCUUCCAGGGAGAGGCUAGUGGUAACAGGCCGAGCUGGAUGGAUGGGUAUGGGGAGAGGGGCAGGACGUUCAGCCCUGGGAUUCUGGCCGACCCUCGCCUUCCUUCUCUGGAGCUUCCCGGCAGCCGUGUCCCCGUGCAAGAUCCUCAAGUGCAACUCUGAGUUCUGGAGCGCCACGGCGGGCAGCCACUCCCCGGCCUCGGACGACGCCCCCGAGUUCUGCGCCGCGCUGCGCACCUACGCCCUGUGCACGCGGCGCACGGCCCGCACCUGCCGGGGCGACCUGGCCUACCACUCGGCCGUCCAUGGCAUCGAGGACCUCAUGAGCCAGUACAACUGCUCCAAGGAUGGCCCCACGUCGCAGCCGCGCCUGCGCACCCUGCCGCCGCCGGGCGACAGCCAGGAGCGCUCCGACAGCCCCGAGAUCUGCCACUACGAGAAGAGCUUCCACAAGCACUCGGCGGCCCCCAACUACACGCACUGCGGCCUCUUCGGGGACCCGCACCUCAGGACUUUCACAGACCGCUUCCAGACCUGCAAGGUGCAGGGCGCCUGGCCUCUCAUCGACAAUAAUUACCUGAACGUGCAGGUCACCAACACACCUGUGCUGCCCGGCUCGGCCGCCACCGCCACCAGCAAGCUCACCAUCAUCUUCAAGAACUUCCAGGAGUGCGUGGACCAGAAGGUGUACCAGGCGGAGAUGGACGAGCUCCCCGCCGCCUUCGCCGACGGCUCCAAGAACGGUGGGGACAAGCACGGGGCCAACAGCCUGAAGAUCACGGAGAAGGUGUCAGGCCAGCACGUGGAGAUCCAGGCCAAGUACAUCGGCACCACCAUCGUGGUGCGCCAGGUGGGCCGCUACCUGACGUUCGCGGUCCGCAUGCCCGAGGAGGUGGUCAACGCCGUGGAGGACCGGGACAGCCAGGGCCUCUACCUCUGCCUGCGGGGCUGCCCCCUCAACCAGCAGAUCGACUUCCAGGCCUUCCGCGCCAACGCCGAGGGCCCCGGCCCCCACAGGCCAGAGGCCGCCAGCCCCGCGCCCGCGGCCCCGGACACCUUCCCGUACGAGACGGCCGUGGCCAAGUGCAAGGAGAAGCUGCCCGUGGAGGACCUCUACUACCAGGCCUGCGUCUUCGACCUGCUCACCACGGGCGACGUGAACUUCACGCUGGCCGCCUACUACGCCCUGGAGGACGUCAAGAUGCUGCACUCCAACAAAGACAGGCUGCACCUGUAUGAGAGGACUCGGGAGCCGCCGGGCCGGGCGGCCGCCGCAGGUUGUGCCCGCCUGAUGCCUUCCUGCCAUGGCCUGCCUGUGAGCCGAGGACACUCCCGCGCGCAGCCUGGCUGCCGGGUCCCUGCUGCGGGUCCCUGCCUCCAAGCCCGCAGCUGGGCCAGCAGGGGCUGUCCGCACGAGGUCUGAGCGACGCCACUGACAGGCUCCGAUGCUCUUCUCGGGCUCCUUCCCUCCCCGCCCCCAGUCCCCCCCUGUGCUUAGGAGGUCAUGUCCUCAUUUCUAAAUGUCUAAACAGAAGUACCCCUUGCUUUCUGUCCCCUUCUUUCCGGCAGGUGGCAAGAGCCCCCGGGGAAGGGGAGCUUGGGCCGCAGGGCGUGGGCAGGAGGCGCAGUGGACGGGGCCAGCUGGCCUGCCCUGAUCCUCUUCGUUCCCCUCACCUGCCCCCCAGAGCCCCGCUCCCCACCUGUCCACCCACGUCUGCAGGCUGAGGAGAGGAGCAGGGUCUGCAAGCUUCUCCGGCCUGAGCAUCCCUGGCUGGUCUCAUCCCUCGAGUCCCCUCCCUUAAGCCCGUGGCCACACAGCCAGGAAAGGGGGGCUUGCCGCCGAGAGCCCUGGCGCCCACCUCCUGCCAGCCCAGGCUGCCCAUCCGAGGAGCCCCAAACCAGUCCCGCCUCUGCUGCUGUCCCAGAGAACCCAGGGACCAACACCGGGCCAGGCUCCACCCCCAAAAGGGGCAGGAGGGCGGUUCCCACAGCCCCCGCACUGUCCUGGCCCUUCGGUCUCGGGGCAGCCCUUCUGCUGUUCCCCAGGGACCUCUCAUACACUGGCGCAGGAGGCUCCCCGCCUCCCCUCCAAGAGGUCCCCUUUCUCUGCCCGACCCCAGGGCAGGCAGGUAGGAGGCUCGGCCCCGGCCCGCCCUGCUGGUUUUUAGAUGGUCCCUGUGUUGGAAGUAAAAAGUGAAGCACUUUAUUUUGGUUGUGUUUGAUUGCGUUCUGCUUGGAAGUGGGGACCCCUCACUGCGUCCUUGUGUCUGCGACCUGUGUAGAGUGUCACCGCAUGUACAUAUUGUAAAUUAUUUAUUAAUGGCUAAAUGCAAGUAAAGUUUGGGGGUUUUUUUGUU